ACGACGGCAAAUCAUGAAUGAUUCACAUAUUUCAUCAUCCGUAAAGUUGAAUGCAGCUUGGAUUGAAUUAAUGUUGGCUCAUUCUUCAAAUCAUAAUUCAUCCAUGCCAAUUCAUUUGAUCACCGAACAAAUCGAUUUAGAUGAUUCAAAUUUGUCUAAUAAUCAGCGACAAUUACAUUUGUUUGAUUUGAGCAUAUCCGAACAAUCGGUAAUCAAUGUGAGCAUGAAAAAUGAUGAACAACAAUUGGACAUCGGAUUUGUCAGCUUUCAUUUGCAAAUUGGUUCCGAUCUUCGAUGGACAGCUCGAAAUUCAGACAAUAAAGAUGAACCAUUAAAUUCAAUACGUAUACUGGGAAAUACGUUUACAGUGUAUCUACAAGAAAAGAUUAAUGAAUCUAAUUUAUGGCUAAAUCUUACCUGGACACCUCAGCGUCAUCAUUUGAUCAUUGACAUUGAAUUGGAAAGGCUCGAAUCGACAACAACAAACAUGACUAUAGUGAUGCGAUCUUUGAUUCGUUCUGAACGAAAAGAUUCCUUGAUGUAUGGACAAGUUUCUAUGCUUGAAUUAAUCGAUGAUGUUUUUCCUGAUGAUCCGUUUUUUUCUGCCGAUAAUCUUACCACAUUGCUUCAUAAUGGAAUGAAUCUUCGGCAAUCGUUAUGUUACCAUUGGUUCAUGUAUAAUCGCAUCAAUCAUAGUGAACCAGAAUUACAAGCUUGUCAUCGAAUCCAUGAUCUUUGUAAUCUUAUUGGUCAUUUUGUGCAACAAAAACAAUUGUUUAGAACACCUAAUCCAUGUUUGUCUUGUCCUAUGAGGCAAUCUGUUCCAACCGUUUCAUCUACAAAUAUUCAACGAGUUCGUUUCGGUUCAAGACAGAUAGUCGAGAACAAUGAUCAAGCUCAAGUGAUAUAUUUGCUUGAUGGUACUUGCCAUCAGCAUGAACAACCCAAAUUGACUUUGCGAUUUUUUCUACAAUUAAAACGGCUUUCUAAAGUUAUCGAAAAGCAAUUUCGUACUCAACGAAUCAAAACGGAAUUCUCGCUAGUAACGGCAAAUCGAGAUUUUCAUUAUGAACAAAGCUGGGUACAAACAGAACCACAACUGAAAUUUGAUCAUUUGGUCAAAUUCCGAUAUCGCAAUCUCAAACCAAUACGCUUGUCUAAUGGCUCAUUCAUAUGGAAUGAGACAAUGUUUCGUCAAUCAUUAUGGCCCGUUGAUGGCAGACAUUCGCUCGAUUUUCUUUAUCAAUUUGCUUACUCACCAAGACGAACAUCUCGACAUUUCAUCAUGAUAGAUUGUAGCCAUCUAGUAAAUGUAACUGGCAUGGAAAAUGGAAUAAGACAUAAUACAUGUCAGGAAAAUGAUGUCGAUUUCAAUACGGCUCGCAACAUACUACUACAAUCGGCGAAUUAUUUUCAUGUUAUCACCGGAAUUGGUUUGACUCAGCGACCAUUCAGUUCUCCAAAGAUGCGUCGUAUAAUUGGAAUGGAUUGGAAUCAGGUUAUGUUUGAGCAACAAGUUGCUGCCAUAUCCAAAACGAAUGCAAGUUUGAACCAAAAUCUGAAUUCCAGUCAGGUCACUGUAGCUAGAUGGUUACGGCAACACAUAACGCCUAAUCGUGAUCUAUGUCAUGUGCUAGCAUUGGAGACCAAUGGAUCAGUGUUUAACCAUCGAGCUUUAAAACAGGCCAAUCGUCAAACAUUUGUUCAACGUUUGUUAGCAAACCAUCAAACCAAAUUAUGUCAACGAUGUGAUUGUACAUUAGCAAAAGAUUAUCUGCUUGCCCAACAGGAAUGUUUCCUAUGCCAAUCACGAUUACAUACAGUUAUGAAUCGUUGGAAUAACCGAGAAGCGGGAAAUUUGAAUGUAGAUAAUCUGUUGGAUGGUCCACAAGAAUGGACCGAUGAAGAUGAACAGCAAUUUAUGGAGAGCGAAAGUCACUCGUAUGAUAAUGAUCAGGAAUCUGAUGAUUUAAAUUUAUGAAAAUGAAAUGAACUAUAAAAUCAAUCAAGAAUGAUGUUCGUAAUGAAAUGAAAAUCCAUUUAAAAUUUCAAUCACUAUAUUUCACACUACGCAUGUCUCUAUUGUGGUAUUUUUAUGACGUAGUUGUAAGCCACACAAUGCAUGCAUGUGGCUAAUGUAAGGUUAUAUGCUACUUGAUUAUAGAAAAACAUACCACUACUACUAUCCAUAAACCUGAGUCAAACACAAUG